AGACAUCGCGUUGGCCAACGAUUCGCGUAAACGAGAGCGGAUACGACAGCGACUGCGGAGUGAGAAGUCUGAGGAGGACAAGGCUGGGGCGGAGGACGAGGAGUAUGUCGGCGGGCUGGACGAAGGACUCAGGGCUCUCUCCUGCCAAGAGCAAGUGUGCGAGCUGUACCAGAACCUUCACAGCGUGGACAAGCCAGAGCUGGUGACCCAGUUCGAGAACAUUCUCCUCAACGUGCUCAAGGACGUGCGGCAGUACCAGCUGGAAAAUGAGCGCCUGGAGAAGACCUACAGAAAAGAAAAAGAUGAGCACGACAAACACCUGCGACGCCUGGAAGAGGAGAUGGACCAACAGGUUCAGAGCGUGGAGGAGAGAGUACGCAGACAGGAAAAAGAGCGACUGGAGUCGGAGAAGAUAGAACUGCGCAAUCAGCUGGACUCUGAGAUCAUAAUGCUGCAACACAACUUGAAGAAACUCCAACAGACGACAUUCAAAUUGUGUAAGGCUGCCAACCUCAUUGUCGAGAGGAAAAGUGAUUACCUUAGACAGAUGGGUGUCGUAGGCGAUGUCAUGACUUAA